AUGUACCGUAGUAUAGGGGAUCGUUUUAUCAUUUUACAGACUAUUGUGUGUAAGAAAAAGAUAAAAAAACAAAAUGGUCUUUUACAACAACAGCAACAGUCAAAGAGCGGUAAUGAUAAUAAAAAUCAACGUCUUAAUUUUUCCAUCUCGAAUAUAUUGAGUAAAGAGAAUCAUAAUAAUUUGGUUAACAAUUUACGUGACAAUUUAUUAGCAGCGAAUCCACUAUAUUCACGCCCAACAAAUCAAUUAUCAUUUGAUCCAAUGACAUCAUUAUUAUCAGCACAUUUUCUAUCAGGUUAUCCAUUAUCAAUGUCAUCAUCAUUAUCAACAUUGAAUGACCAGCAAAAAUCGCAAAUAUUACCGUCCAUGUUAUUCGCCAAUGCAAAUGUUAAUGCUGCUGCUGCAAUGGCUGCUGCUGCCGGAACAAAGAACAAACCAUCACCAUGGUAUCCAUGGUCAUUAACAAUGUCACCUACGGCAUUAUUAUCAGGCAAUACUACUAUUUCGGAUGUUAAUUUUAGUUCAAUGUUUGCGUCGAAUAAAGAAUCCAAAGAAGAUCAUUUUUUACAAAAAUUAAAUCGAGAUUCAAACAAUAAACGAGAAUGUAGCGAUAAAAGCUACAGUCCUUCAUUGUUUUCAUCAUCAAAUCCGGGUUCACCAUUUGAAGGAAAUAAUGGUAAUGGACCUUUAAAUAAGUGUUCAAUCAUUGCCAAUAAUUCCCAUCAACAAGAAAUUGAACUUGAAGAUGAUAUUGAUUAUAAUGAUUCGGAUACAUGUUCAGAAAAGGAUUCACCUAUUCAAAGAAAUUGCCUAUUCAAUAGUACAAUAAAUAAUAACAAUGGUAAUAUAGAUAAAUCAUCCACAAAUGAUCAGAACAGUAUUAAUAGUUUGUCGAAUAAACGGAAAAAGAAAACACGUACUGUAUUUACCCGUAGUCAAGUUUUUCAAUUGGAAUCAACUUUCGAUAUGAAACGUUACUUGAGCAGUUCAGAACGUGCUGGAUUAGCCGCAUCAUUACAUUUGACGGAAACACAAGUUAAAAUCUGGUUUCAAAAUCGAAGAAAUAAAUGGAAACGUCAAUUGGCAGCUGAAAUCGAAGCUGCUAAUAUGGCUCAAAGGAUGCGUGCAGUUCCCAUAUUGUAUCAUCAACAAUCAGAUGGUCAAACAACAACGACAUCUCCAACACCGAAAGCAAACAAUCUAGUAUCGCAUGCACAUACAGUGGCUGAUUCUAAUUCAAUACAAGCUCUUACAUCGUAUUAUUAUUCAUCAACACAUGGAAACGGUAGUAACAGUACCGGUGGUUUUUCAUUAUCCAAUUCUGUAGCUGCAGCAGCCGCUGCCGCUGCUGCUGCGGCAGCUGCAUCAUCAGCAGCGAUAAUAUCAUCAUCACCACAUCUUACCACAACUACAACAUCAUCACCGAAUGUAUCAACAUCAGCAGUAUCCAUAAAUAGCGGCUCAUCAACAUCUACUUCAAAUUCUAUACAUCGUUCGGUUACCAUUUCCGGUUUAGUUUGAUAAUUCUUCAUAUUAUUAUUAUUAUUAUUAUAUUAUUUUUCGGCCUGUUGUAUGUUUGUGUGCGUAUGUGUGUGAGUGUGUG